CCUGGACCGACGAUCUCACCUCAACGAUGUCAUCGACAGCUACAACCAUAUCGGGUGGCAUGGUGGUGGUCACCCAGGUGUACCCAUCUCAUCGUCCCCAGGAAGGUCAGCGGGUGUGUCUGGGGACGCAGAGGUUCAUCGAGGGAUAUCCUCUGGCUAUCGGGACGGUUCAGAUCAUGAUCGGUGCAUUAGUCCUCUUGUCUGGUAUCCCUAUGGUGAUUCGUGCAAACACCAUAGGAGUGUACAGUGGUUUCUUUGUGUGGGGUGCCGGCUUUUACCUCACCUCCGGCUCGCUCACAGUGGCUGCUGGGAAAUCUCUUAGUCGCUGUCUGGUCAACACUGCGAUGGGUUUCAAUGUGGUUUCCUCAGUAGCAGCAGUUACCGCCAUCAUCCUGUACAGUUUUGACGUUGCAGGAGUGAUUACUUACUGCUGGGAUGACAACUGUGGACCAUACAUGGUACUGAGUCAGGGUUUCUCAGGGAUCCUGUUGGUGUUCCACGUCUUGGAGUUUGCCGUUUCCCUCACCGUCUCUGUAUUUGCCUGUAGAUCUACCUGUAACUGCUGUGACCACCAGCAACAGCCGUCUGUCUACGUCAUCCCUGGAAAUGCUGCCAUGGCUGCCCAGGCUCCACCACCUUUACAUACUGUACCUGUCACCAUGGCUGUGCCGGCCCAACAGAUUUCCAGCUUCCCACAACCCACAGAGAACCAGAACCAGAUCCACCCUGGACUCACUGAACCUCCGGCCUACACACGCUGAAGAAAACACCUGCUUUAAAGGGAUAUUUCAGGAUUUCUGAAGUUGGGUGGUUAGACGUGCUUGGCCCUAGUACUGGCAUUAGUCUCCAGUGAUUUCUGCUAAGAAAAUAUGUUGGCUCCAUAUGUUUACCUCUGGGUCAGACCUCACAGCAGGAAGAGCAAAGCUCCAGAGGUCAAUGGUCGCUCUCUUGGGAGGGGGUGUUCAGGGCUGGUCAGAAUGAGUUUCAAUAGUGAUAACAGUGGGGUUUGUUGGUGCCUCUGAGUUCAGUCCUUGUUUGGAGUUGACUGAAGGGCAUCAGGAAACUGUGCUUCAUGGCUUGGGCUUUGCAAUGGACUUGCCUGUAAAUGUAUGGAGUUUACUCAGUAAUAUGUACUCAUCUCUGCCACAAAUACGAGCUACAUGGUCAUUUACCCUCGAUAUAAACCACUAGAGUAGGUCUGCAUUUCAAACGUUUGUACUGAAAUUAGACAUAAAUAAUAAAACAAAAGUUAAAAGCAUGAGCGUUUGGCUGUGCAUUUGUUUUCAUAUUUUCUAUCAGUACAUAGUGCUUACCUGAAGUGUAGGUACAGCGGAGCUCUUCAACCUAUGCGUGUGUUUUGGUCGUCCUUGUAAAAAGUCCUGCUAAUGGGCACUGCAAACGCUAAAACUUUUUCAGAGCAGCAGGUGGGGUGUUUAUAUCCAUAGUCAGUGCAACAAGCCAAAGUUGUCGAAGACCGAUGUCACGUGGAGGAAUACGGUGAAAUCAGUGUGGUGUCCAGGAGGUGUGCUUGUUAGAACAGCCAGGAUAAACACAAGUACGCGGCAUCUUCUGAAUUUUCAGAAAACGGGAUAAAAAACUCAAAAACGUGCUGUAGUAACCGAUGUUUGACCCUGCUACACUGCGACCCACACAGCUGACCAGCAGAUAACAGUGAGCGACGGCGGAAAGAUACAAACUGGCAAAAGCUGCACUGGAAAUUAUUUCCUGGCAGAGAGAGGAUUUUUGGGAGAAAUGAAAUGCUUUGUACGUUUUCGACACAGCGUACAGGCAAGCCAACAUAUUUUCUUUUCCCAUUUUUACGUAACACUGGUUAAUUUACGCAGACAAACGUUUCCAUCUACAGCCUCUAUACGCCGGCUCUCUCUGAGCUCGUAAUAACAACAGGAUCAAAUGACACAGAAAUCACUGGAGGAUACUAUAACCAAGCAUCUCAGACCACCCAACUUCAAAACUCACAAAAUACCCCUUUAAAAAGAAUCACAUGAUAACAACAUGGGAUUAACAUGAGAGAAACAUGAUAUUAAUGAUAGUGACAGAAGAUUAACAUGAGAUUUACAUGUAAAUAACAAGAGAUUACCAUGAGAAAAACAAUAUCAUGACAGUCACAGGAUAUUAAUAUCAACAUGACAUGAACACUCAGAGUGAAAUUCAAAUAUUUCUUUUCAAACAUUGAUGAGAUGAAUUAAAAAGGACAGAUUAAAAAUCACAACAUUAAUAUAAAAUGUUUUACACUCCAUCACUGAUGAAGAUGAACCCUAAAGAACAGAUAAUAAUAAUGAGGUGUGUUUACUUUAAUAGAGGCUGUACAGAGACUAAAAACACUAAAUCACAGAUUUAUAUAUUUUUUUUUAUCUUAUAUGAUAAACAUGAUUUCAUCACUGAGCUUGUUGUGAUAAAAGUGUUUCUGUAUGAAAAAUAAAAAUGUUCUUUGCAGUAGAACAGUUUAUGUCUAAUGAACCUAUAGGUUCUUUACAGAUGACGCCACUCAGCAGAACAGAACUCUUGAUGGGGG